AUGAAGGAUCGUCUUAUUGAUGUACUUAAAAAUCGUUAUUUGAAAUUACAACAAUCUAUUUAUGUUGUUAUGGAUGAAGCUGAUCGAAUGAUUCAGAUUUUACUUCAAAAGAUAAUAUCGUCAAACAUUGUUGCUUACAGUAACAAUGAAUGUUUAGCACGUACACAUCUUCGUUAUCGUUUAGCAUCUGUUUAUGUUGAAUCAAUUGAUUAUAUGUAUCGUAUUGAUGGUAUAGGUCUUACAGGAAAAACAAUAAUAUUUUUAACAAGAUCGUAA